AUGUUGGCAUAUGGAUCUUCCGCUGACAUUGUAGACGAAUAUGUUCGAAUUGGUGAAAGCACUGCAAUUGAGUGCUUAGAGAGAUUCGUAAGGGGCGUGAAUGAGGUAUUUGGGGCUGAGUAUUUGAGAAGGCCUAAUAACAAUGAUGUUGAGCAUCUUUUACAAAUGAGGGAGUCACGUGGAUUUCCAGGCAUGCUAGGUUCCAUUGAUUGUAUGCAUUGGGAAUGGAAGAAUUGUCCUGUUGCAUGGAAAGGACAAUUUUGUCGAGGUGAUCAUGGUAAACCCACGAUCAUGCUUGAAGCAGUGGCAUCACAAGACUUAUGGAUUUGGCAUGCAUUUUUUGGUAUUGCAGGUUCAAAUAAUGACAUUAAUGUGCUAAACCAAUCUAAUGUGUUUAACGAUAUUUUGGAAGGACGUGCUGCUACUGUGCAAUAUACAAUCAAUGGGAAUCCAUAUAAUAUGGGGUAUUAUUUAGCGGAUGGUAUAUAUCCCGAGUGGGCUACAUUUGUCAAGACCAUUUCAAUGCCGCAAGGAGAAAAGAGAAAACUAUUUGCACAACACCAAGAAUCAGCUAGAAAGGAUGUGGAACGUGCAUUUGGAGUGCUUCAAUCUCGAUUUGCAAUAGUACGUGGUCCAGCGCGUGUUUGGCACAUGGAAACCCUCAAGCAUACCAUAUAUGCUUGCAUCAUAUUGCACAACAUGAUUGUCGAAGACGAACGACACACAUAUGGAGGUGAUUUUGAUUACUGUUACGAUAAUGCAGGUAGCAACAACUCAACGACUGAAACAUUUAGCGGUCCUCAUCCGAAUCUUGCAACAAGACUACAAAGAAGAGCAACUCUUCGUGAAAAACAAGUUCAUCGCCAACUUCAAGGAGAUCUAGUCGAACAUAUUUGGGAACGUUUUGGACAUGAGGACGAUGAAAAUUAA